AGCGGGGGCUGGAAGGAGGAGGAGGAGGGCGCGGGACGGCGGCGACGACGGAGACGACGAGGCCGCUACAGCUCGAUCCCCUUCCCUCCCCAGCAUGGCGUCCUCAUCAACCCCUAGAUGUAACUCAAAUUCCUUUGAGGGCUCCUCAGUUAAAAAGCCUAUGAAAGAUGGAACUAACUGGGAAUGCAAUGAAGAAAUACCACGUCUACCAGGGGAAACCAGAGGGACAGACAAGGAAGUCAUUUACAUGUGCCCAUUUAAUGGACCUGUUAAAGGAAGACUAUACAUAACAAACUACAGGCUGUACUUGAGAAGUGUGGAAUCGGAUCCAGUGGUAACAGUGGAUGUCCCUUUGGGUGUCAUUUCAAGGAUUGAGAAGAUGGGAGGCGCUUCCAGCAGAGGAGAGAAUUCCUAUGGGCUAGAUAUUACUUGUAAGGAUAUGAGAAAUUUACGCUUUGCAUUGAAACAAGAAGGUCACAGCAGAAGAGAUAUAUUUGAGGUCCUGACCAAAUGUGCUUUUCCACAGUCAUAUAACUCGCCUUUUUUUGCAUUUGCAAAUGAAGAGAAGUUUUCUGAAAAUGGCUGGCUGGUCUACAAUCCCAUGGUUGAAUACAGAAGACAACGCCUGCCCAAUGAACAGUGGAGGAUAACGUUUCUCAAUGAGCAUUAUGCACUUUGUGACACUUACCCAUCCCUCUUGGUAGUGCCAUAUAAUGCCACAGAUGAGGAUCUCAAGAAGGUUUCUGCUUUCAGGUCCCGAGGUAGAAUUCCUGUGUUGUCAUGGAUCCAUCCCGAGAACCAAGCCGUUAUCACACGCUCUAGCCAGCCACUUGUUGGUAUGAGUGGCAAAAGAAACAAAGAUGAUGAAAGGUAUCUGGAGCUCAUCAGGGAAACAAAUGGCCAGCUCUCCAAACUGACCAUUUAUGAUGCAAGACCCAGUGUUAAUGCUGUAGCCAAUAAGGCAACUGGAGGAGGUUAUGAAAGUGACGAUGCAUAUGCCAAUGCUGAGCUGGUUUUCCUAGAUAUUCAUAAUAUUCAUGUCAUGCGGGAAUCCUUGAAAAAGCUUAAGGACAUUGUUUACCCUCAUGUAGAGGAAUCUCACUGGCUAUCUAGCUUGGAGUCCACCCACUGGCUUGAACAUAUCAAGCUUGUUUUAACAGGUGCUAUUCAAGUAGCAGACAGAGUCUCCUCUGGAAAGAGUUCGGUUUUGGUACACUGCAGUGAUGGUUGGGACCGUACAGCACAACUCACCUCUCUAGCUAUGUUGAUGUUGGACAGCUACUACCGGACGAUUGUGGGCUUUCAAGUUUUGGUGCAGAAAGAAUGGAUAAGCUUUGGACACAAGUUUGCUUCGAGAAUUGGUCAUGGAGACAAAAAUCAUGCUGAUGCUGACAGGUCACCUAUUUUCCUCCAGUUCAUUGACUGUGUGUGGCAGAUCUCUAAACAAUUCCCUACAGCUUUUGAAUUCAAUGACCAAUUUUUGAUUACAAUUCUGGAUCAUUUGUACUCCUGCCGUUUUGGUACUUUCUUGUAUAAUUGCGACUCUGUAAGAGAGAAAGAGAAACUGAGCGAGAAAACGUUAUCUCUUUGGUCCCUGAUCAACAGUGCAACAUCAAAGUAUAUCAAUCCCUUUUAUACUAAAGAAUUAAAUCGUGUUCUUUAUCCAGUAGCAAGCAUGAGGCACUUGGAACUUUGGGUCAAUUAUUAUAUUAGGUGGAACCCAAGAAUCAGGCAACAACAGCCAAAUCCAGUGGAACAGCGUUACAUGGAGCUACUGGCAUUGCGCGAUGACUACGUGAGACGACUAGAAGAACUGCAAAUUGCGAACAACCCCAAAUUUCCCAAUUCCUCCUCAUCUUCUUCACAGAUGAUGUCGCACGUGCAAACUCACUUUUGAAAGAGACUGGUUGGAUUAUUUUCUUUGAACAUUGUUAUAAGUGGUGCUUAUUCUGAUAUAUUGGACAAGAGGAAAACAUUGAUGCCUUAUGUAGAGUUUUUUCCUAAAAUCUUUGUCCCUAUAGGAGAGGAUUUGAACACAAGUGGGCUUUUAAAAAUUGAUUUAUGUGCCUUUCACAAACUUUUGCCUGGGAAAAUGUCAUCCAACUAGCAGUUAUAAUAUAUUUAAAGGUGUUUUUUACCCUCCUACUGCAAUCCAAAUAGAUAUAGCUAAUGCUUUCAAUAAUAGCCAUCAUGUUUUUUUAAAGACAGUAUGAAUUCAUUUUUGUCUAUAGGCUCUCCUGCUCAGACUUAAAAUGCAUGUUUAAGUUCAUAUAUUGAGCAAAGUGCCAUUGAUGCCAAUGAGAAAUUUGCUGAAUCAUAUGCACAUGUAAGAAGCCUGUGGUGUAAGAAGCAGAGUUGUUAAGGGCACAUGCUCUUGAGGAUCAAUUACUGUGUGAACUAGUUUUUAUAUGGCUUCUUACACUGAAAACUUAUUUCAGUGAUAGUCGUAAGCUAUCAUAACUUAAAUUUGUGCCUAUUCAGAGCAGCAGCCUUAUGAGAUGGAACAUAAUGUGUGAGCUUGUAUAACUUGUUCCCAUAAUAAAUUAGUAUUUUUCUCAAAUAUAUUAAACAAUAUGCAGAAAAUAGGGAGUGCACUGAAAAUAUUUAAAUGUUGCAGAUCAUUCGGUUUGCUGUCUGCCUUCAUGUCAGUCUUUUGUUAAAUUUUAUAAUUCCUUUCAGGAAUAAUUUAAAAACAUUACAAGCACUUGUGAAGUCAGCACAGACCUUGCAACUUGAUAUUUUAGUCCACAUUUUGUUUAGGAUAAAGUUUAUUAAGUGAUAUUUGGUCAGUUCAGAAUAUCUUGAAGCAUAGGAUUUGUGAAGAACUGUUAGCAGCUAACAUGACUUAUUUUCAACAUAUUUGACACUUUGAGGGUGUUUGUCUACCAUUUGUAAAUUAUUAUAUGUGUAAUUUUUGAUCUACAAAAUGUAAGGUGGCAAGGAUAUCAUAGGAAUAAUUUGUAAAUUAAUUUGAAAUGUUCAGAGUAUUCUUUUCUUUGUAAAGUGUAAAUAUUUUGGGUUUCAAAGACUGAAGACAAAGUCCAUAAAAUACUAUAAAUUUAUUAGUUUUAGAGGACAUUGGGAUAUUUUAGAAAUAGUAUAUUUUCAUUAAAAGUAAAACAGAGCACAUUAAUACAGUUAAUAGUAUACUGAGAAAUUUGCACUACUUCUUCAGGGAUAGACUGAAGUACUAGUAAUAAAUUCCACUAGCUGAUGCAUGAUUUAUUUCCUUCCACUUGAUACCUGUCCUCUAAAUUUCACACACUUGUGAUUCUUUUGUCUUUAUCUCAUUGCACAUGUACAUGGCUUGUUGUUUUAUGCAAGGGAAACAAAUCUGAGAUGAACUGCAUAACUUGAAUUACAAGGAAACUCACGUAUCCCAUCAGCCUAUUCUAAAUGACCGAGCAUAAAACUCUGAAAAACUAUGCAGACUGAUAUAAUUGCCUUUUGUUUGCCUGCAGUUUAUAAGCAUCUCAUUUUUCAUAGGAACCCUUAAAACAUCAUGUAUGUUUCAUACUGUCUAGUGUGGAUUAAUUGCUAUCUUGCUUGUUUUUACUAAGUAAAACACUACACGCUCAGCUGGGGGUGGGGGGUUGCGGCAAAGCGGGAGUGUUGUAAAACAGAUUCAAAUACAUUUGCCUUCUCCUUAUCUGCAUACCAUUGAUUAAUGUUUCUACCACCACAGGUGAUGCUGUGUCCUGAAUUUUAGAGAAUUUAAUGUUUGGGAAGGUAUAACUUGAUUUUUUAAUACCUGCUUAAGUCAUAUGAAAUAAAAAAGCUGAACAUUU